UCUCGUUUGUCUCUGUUCGAACCGCAAAGUAAAAAAGUGCAUUGACGUUUUUAAAAUUGCCUAGAGCUCAAUGUGGAUUUAGGAAACCGGAAUCGUUAAUAAUUGUCUCCAGUUAUCGCCUGUGGCGUUUGGAAUAUUCACUGGAUGUAACAUUUUUAAAUCUACGUUUUAGAAAAGGGAGAUGGCAUUUUUGAUCAGCAUGAGACGUCGUCUGAUACUUUUGACGCUCAUUCAACUCAUGACUAUUCUCCUGGUCGUCCAUGUUUACACGUUUGGAAAAUACAAGGAAGAGUCAAAGGGAGAGUACAAAGAAACACCCAAACAGGAGUCCAAAGAAAUGGUAUCUUUUUCUAAAGAUGACCCACGAUUACUUCUGCUGGAAUUGAUGGAAGACCAGGGGCACCGGCUGGACUACAUAGAGAAGCACAACGCUGAUAUUCAAGAAGUGUUCCACCAAAUGGACCUCGUUACGAAAGAAAAUAAGAAGGCGCUUCUUUCGUUUCUCUCUCAGCCGGUCAUAAACGACCACAGUUUCGACUACAUCCACAACCCAGACAGAGCCUGCGUCAACUCCAACACCGAUGUUCUAAUCAUGGUCCCUUCCUCGCCUGGGAAUUUUCAGAACCGGAAAAACAUUCGCAGCGGGGAUUACAGCACCUUCACGGGAAACAUUGAGAACAGGGCCCAGAUCAUGUUUUUCAUCGGGCUGACGAAAUCGAAUGAAACUCAAAUGAGAAUCGACGAGGAAUCGGAGACGUAUGAGGACAUCGUGCAAGAGUCUUUCGAAGACGUUUACCGAAAUAUUCGAUACAAGUCGGUAUCGAUGCUGAGAUGGGUCAGCACCUACUGCCGUGAGGCGAGAUUCGUCAUUCGAAACGACGACGAUAUUUCUGUGAAUCUAAGUCUUGUACUCGAUACCGUUAAACGCACACGAGAAAAAUAUGCAAAUUUCAUUCUAGGCCGCGUGCGUAUGAACGACAUGCCGAUGAGAAAUAUGAAAGACAAAUACGCGCUGUCAAGACAAGAAUACGCCCCGAAUGUGUUCCCCCCUUUUGCUCUGGGCGGACUCCUCGGCUUGACGACCUUGACAGCGGAGCUUCUCUACCAGGCCGCGCUCAGAGUGAGCCCCAUCUGGCUGGAUGAUGUCUACAUCACUGGCAUCUGCGCACCGCACGUUGGAGUUAAGCUCAUCAACGAUAGCUCGUUUGCGUUCAAACACAAAGGAAAAUGGGCGCACUGAUGAUGUGCAAGAAAAAUCCUUAUCUUUUCGCAAUCUCGUUUGGAAAAAAAAAAGACUUUGGUCACGUAAGCCUUUUACAGUUACCUAGACAAUAGAGUACUAUCCUUGGGGGAUAACAAUCCAAAAACUGUGUUUCUAUAGUAAGGAUAAGAUAUUAUUGAUCUCAAUUUAAUUCCAACCGUAAGUGAUAAUCAUGUGUGUCCCAUCGGGUCAUUUUGUGUAUAUGUUUCUAACUUCUAAAAUAUUUGAGAUUUGGUGAAACAAUAACCCGUUUGAUCAAAGGGAAAUAUAUAUAUAUAUAUAUAUAUACAAACAUAUAUAUUGUUGUAACUCUGCCUUGCACCAUUGCUUGAGAUGCGCACUAGCGCACUGUUGAACGUAAACAGGAAGACACUAAAAUAGAGAAAAGAACAGUGCAUCUGGGAUUGUGAAGAGUCUGAAUUUUUGGGAAACUAAGAGGCCAACUUUUGUGCUGCCUGAAGGUUGUAGUAGGGACCUGGAGCGAAGCGGGGAAGACUGUCGUUGGUCCACAUUCGGCUUAAGUAGCAAAGGACUGGUAUACUUAGUAGUAAGACUCUGAGGAAGCUGAAGGAUGUUAUGUGUUUGUCCUAGUAAAUAAACACAACUAUUUAUUUCCUGUUCAACUGUGUUGAGUUGCCUGCCUUUUCGUUGAGUGCCUAGCCUAGAGUUGCAACAAUAUAUAUAUAUAUAUAUAUAUGAGCACAUUUGGAUGGAAGACCAACUGGUACCCAAUAACUCUGCGUCCCAACAUACAAAGCAUGGAUGGAUUUAUGGACAAAUAAGGGACAAACAGUACAUCAGUAUAAUGUCAAAAUAUCUAACCCCAAAUCUGUGUAUUCCAAUAUUGAUAUUUUAGGAACAGAAUAAAUUAAUGUUGUGACUUUAAAAUUUGCAUUCAAAUGUGGAACAAGAAAGACUGAGUUUUUUUUUUUAUUUAUAUUAAUUCAUUAUUAUGAUCAGUUUUAUGUGCCAUGUAUAAAACAAAACAAAACAAAAAAAUGACAAUGCGACGUUCGUCUAUCGUGAAUAUUUCUAUUAUCCAAUUUACAGAAUCGCAACGAAUUCUAAAGUAACUGCGGAAUUUCUUUCCAAAGAUUUUUUCUAGAUUUUUUUUUUUUUUACUUUAAAAUUAUUUUAACCAUCGUGCCAAACUGUAGAAACAAUAAUUAACUAUACAAGCUUUGUUGUUAUUCUAAAUAGUUUAUAUAUAUAUAUUCUUGUUAACCCGAGGUAUAGCCCUUCCUCGAAACUCAAAGGACCACCGUACCUGUCAUUUUAU